UUUUUCCUGAUAAUUAGAGAUGAUCUAGUAUGGUUUUGUUCAUUUUUGAAAAGUAACUAAAACAUGAAAUCCUCUACCAGAUUGCAGCCAAAACCAAGGCUUAACCGGGAAUAUAUCACAGUUUUGGCUUCUUGUAUUGAUAUUUAAGUAGUCAUUUAUUCUGACCACUUUCUUGGUGUUAAUGAUGUUAAAUUGAUAAGUGGUCCAUGGCUUACCUUCUCCAAUCUCUUUUCCAGAUUUAGCCAAUUUCUUGGAGGGCCUCGUAGACAAAAACCCCUUAAAACAGAAAGGUUCAGAGCUCAAUAAAUGUAUGAACACACAACCAACCUCUCAGUUUGUCUCUCUAUCAUUCAUUUAUAACCUUCACUCCAGAAGCUUCUCUCUUUACCCAUCUAUCUGUCCACAUGAGUCUUGAGUUCUCUAUAUACAGAAGAAUACAGAAUUGAAGCUUUCAAUGGAGUUCCUGUCUUUUCUUGUCUGAUUUUUUUGUCUUUUACCUCUUAUCCAAUCUUUGUCUGUUUCUUCCAUCAACCACACAAACAAAAAGAACCUCAUCUGUAAACAAGUGUUUAUCUAAAGAUGAAAAAAAUGCUGAUGCUUGUGGACAUGGAAAAGAAACUGAUAAUGCUAAUGUUGCUUCUGCAACUUCUGUCCUUAAACUCUCUGUCACUGGGACAGUCCUCAUCCAAACCAACUGCAAAUAUCACUGUAAUUGGUCUUGUUUAUUGCGACGUCUGCUCCAACAACAGUUUCUCCAAACACAGCUACUUCAUGCCUGGUGUGGAAGUGAGAAUAAUCUGCAGAUUUAAGGCAGCUUCCUCGAAAACAAGGGAGAUGAUCACGUUCUCUGCAAAUCGAACCACGAACGAGCUUGGACUCUACAAGCUAGAUAUAACUUCUGUGGAAGGUGCUUCUUGCGCCGCAGAAGCGAACAAAGAUUCUCUGGUGGCUUCUUGUCAGGCAAGCUUGAUCGGUAGCUCCUCGGAUUCCUGCAACGUUCCUGGCUACAAAACUACAACGGAUCAGGUUAAGUCCAAGAGGUCUAAUCUCUGUGUCUACCGAUUCACCGCCUUGAAUUUCAGACCGCUUAAGAAGAAUAUUGACUUGUGUGGCAAGCAAUAAAUAAAUAAACUGCAAAUUUCUAUCGCUGUUUGCUUCUACAAGAACUCUGUUGUCUUCUUGUCCUCUGUUCUUUAUAUUUGGACUUUGUUUAUACAACUUCAUUUAUAUUUUUGUUUGUACUAAAAACUCAACCCUGCAGAAAUAAAUCAAGUAAUAAUAUAAAAUAUUACAUUA